GCUCAGUUUCUGCAGGAGGCUGCAGCUCCAUCACUCCUGGAUCUCCACUGGCACCAAUGACCAGAUAGCAUCUACUCACGUCCAAGUCAACCCAUUUCACUCUGAGCUGGGAUAUAUUUGUUUGUUUGCAUGGAUGAUAACAGCCUACCGCACAUUCAUGGAUUUCUCAAACCACAACUAAUUUGACUCAAACCCGGGAUUGGUUUAAAAAAAAAAAAAAAAAAAAAAAAAAAAAAAGGGGGGGACUCCAAGUGGUUUCCGUCGGUGUUUUAGGUUUGUGGAAGCUGCAGUUGAGCUCUGCCUUGGACAUGGGACCGUGCGUCAGCCGAGAGGGAUCCGGUGCCGGAGGAAGAACAUCUUCCUGAAGGAGGAAAAACCCGUGUGCGGGAGUUUUGUUUUACAUUUUUUGUAUAUUUGCUACCGGGGAGGGGGAGCUGUGGGUUUUACGCGCCGGAAUGAUGCGUCCCAACCACGGCUUCAUCCUGCUCCUCCUAAACGGAACCGCUUGUUUGGUGGCCUUGGGUCAAGAAGACGACUCCUCCAGCCCCAAGAGCUCUUCAGACGACUCCUCCAAGACGGUGGGCCUCAUGAGCGGGCAGGCUCCCCUCUCGCCCCUGAGCCGCUGGAUGCUUCACAGUAAGAGCAGAGCUGCUAACACCACCUCUCUGGAGCUGCCCUACCGCUCCCCGGUCCCUUUCUCCAAGCAGGAGUUUUCUAAACAGGAGUUCUGGGAGAUGUUGGGGAGCGACCUGCUCAAACCCGACGCCUCCAGCUCCAGGGUCAAGCGGCGGCCCAUCGUUAAGACCGGCAAGUUCAAGAAGAUGUUCGGCUGGGGAGACUUCUAUUCCAAUAUCAAGACGGUGAGGCUUAACCUGCUGAUCACCGGGAAGAUUGUGGACCACGGUAACGGCACGUUCAGCGUCUACUUCCGCCACAACUCCACGGGCCAGGGCAACAUCUCCGUCAGCCUGGUGCCACCCGUCAAGGCGGUGGAGUUUGACCUGGAGCGCCAGAGCGUGGUCUACCCUAAGGACUCAAAGAUCUUCAACUGCCGUGUGGACUAUGAGAAGGUGGAUCGCAGCAAGCGCACCUCGCUGUGCAACUACGACCCGUCCAAGACCUGCUUCCAGGAGCAGAUUCAGAGCCACGUGUCCUGGAUUUGCUCAAAGCCUUUCAAGGUCAUCUGUAUCUACAUUUCCUUCUACAGCACGGACUACCGCCUGGUCCAGAAGGUUUGCCCGGACUACAACUACCAUAACGAGAUGCCCUACCUGCCCUCGGGCUAGACUUGGAGGGGGGGGAGGAGAGGUGGGAGGGGAGAGGAAAAGGGGGGUGAGUCGGAGUGACUGCAACACAUGAGGAGAAAACCAGGGCUGUGAAUCGUCCUAAAUGCCAUCGUGGCAGCAAGACACCUUAAACUAAAAAAAAACCCUCUCUGUAGCCUGACUAUUGUAAGAUGUAAAAACAUAUAUGCAAAACAAAAAUGACAGUAUGCAGAUAAUGAGGCAUUUGGAAUGCGUAACUGCAGCAUUCAUUAAUUAACUGGACUGGUGGUGAAAAUCAAACACGCACAUUCUUACCUCAAUCCAGUUUCCAAAUGCCAACUUCUUGCCAGCUAACUCUCUCUUCUAUUAAGUCAUUUGUGAAUGUGGUCUGAAUGUCCUUUUAAUCGUCCUUUACUACAUCGCUCUCUUUUGAAAAGUCACAAGGCAGCAUUUCCAGUGAAAGCGUUCAUUUAAAUGCUGCGAUACGAGUCACUGGAGUGCUGUAUACAAAUUCAGACUUAUUACAAACAUAUUACAGCGUUUCACAGCUCACGCUGUAAAUGAUAAAAACAAAGUGUGUUUAUCUCACAAAGAGCAGAUGAAUGUAAAGUGUGACCAGCCACACGAUCAUUUGGGUCACACUCAAAGUAUUUUUAAAGGGGCAUCUUUUUUUAUGUGAACUUUAAGUCCAUCCCAAAACAAGUUCCUCUUCCUACCCAUCUGCUGUACAUUGUCAAUGUGUAGUUUACGUUUGCAGCCUGGCAAAUCAAAUCAUAUUCUCUUCGUCACGUCAACUCCAUUUCAAUAAAAGAGGGAUGAGAGGAAGGGAGAGAAAAAAUAACAAAAAUUUGCAAGAAAAAGCAAUUCAAGGAUUCUGGGUGAGGGCUUAAGACAAGUUCAGUGCGAGGGAAAUAACUAGAUUCUGCAUAGAGAUAAAAUUGGCCCUCCAUACUUAAGAGAGAGAGAGAGAGAGACAGAGAGAGAGAGAGAAAGAGAGGUGGGGGAAUGAGAGAGGAAAAGAUUCAGUGAGCUGUUUUAAUUAAAGUGGAGAAGGAGACUUAGAGUAUGCAGCUCCUUCUAUUGUCCCCUCUGUAUGAAAAAGAUUACAUUUUGUUGCCGUCAGGAUUCCUGAUUUCACGCCUUGAUAGCUUUGACUGUGUGAGGCAGAUUGCUCUCUCCCGACAAAUACUGUGUUCUCUAAAGUCGGCCCGUUAUCUUGAAUAAAUGAAAAUAUUAUCAUAAUAAUUACAUAUAAUUUAAUCUCCUUUAGAACUAAUUAAGGUUUCAACGAGAGGGCGAGAUGUGUUCCUAGAAAUCAAGUCAGCGGGAAGGAGAAUAAGAGGACGUUCUCGGGCACAUUGGUGUUUUUUUUUGCGUGAAGCCGGCAGCCAAAGCUCAGCCCACAGUUAACUGCUCUCAUUAAGAUAAAUGGCCACUGGCUGGCCCAUCUCAUGUUGCUCUCACAAACAAUACCAGGGGAGAGAAGUGCACACAAUGGAGCCACGAAUUAUAGCCUGACAUUUAGUUGGCGGGAGGGCACAAUGACUUUUUUCUUGGUGAACAGUCACAAGACAGGUGUGACGAGUCAUUAAACGGUAACCGGUUUGAUGCUAAUGUGCUGUGAUGUCAGGGAUUCAACCAGUGUUUGUGCACAUUUGGCUUGGACUGCGCAGCGAUGUCCCGGGUGGACCCGGGCAGCAGUGCGCGGUCACCAUGAAUCCGUCCUCCUGUUGGGAGGGGGGGCGCAUGAGGCCAGAUAUAAUUGCAUCUCCUUGGCAGCUCUGUGUGAGAUUGAGGAGAAGGAGUAGGAGGGGAAACACAAAGUCGCAGUGCUAAAGAUAGUAACAAAGACCUGUAAAUCUGCACAUCAAAGCUCUGCAUUUGGGGGGUUGUGUAGCGUUCAGGGGGGUAGCUCCUCUCUUUAUGUGACUGAAUCAACUUGUGGCCCAGAGCAAAUGGCAGCAGUGCACGGGUCUGUCUGGGGACAGACAGCCAUGAUGAAGGCUGUUCAUCUGUCUCCUCUUGCCUGUGAUUGUUUUAUGGAAACAGUGUCUCACAAUCAGAAUCCUCACAGAGGGGAUUUUCCUAAAGAGGCGACCAUCAACCGGAGUGCAGACUAUGAGAAAGCUUGAGCAGAUUCUAAAGUCCUGCCACAUCAUAGUAAUGCAGUAUUUAUUUGAAAACACGUAUAAAGAGUCCCAGUGGAACAUGCAAUAUAGAUGUAGGUCCUGUCUGCUGGAUGAGAUACAAGCUUGUAAAAUGCAUAUCAACCAGCAUGAAUGAACCACUGCCUCUUGCUCUGUUCAUUCCCUUCCUCAUCCUCCAUCUCUCUCUGCCCCUUUCCCCUCCAUGCGUGUUACUCAGCCACAUGCCCUGCCGUCGUCACGCCGUUGUCCUCUCUCCCCGUGUGUGACCCGGCUCACUGGCCUAAGCCUCCACGCCCUCUCUACCUCCCUUACCCUGGCGUUGAACCCCGAUGUGGGUAGUUCCUCACUGCUGCCCCUCCCGCCCUCCUGCGCACAGCGCUGAGCUGAGCUGGCUAAUCUCUGUGAGCUUAAUGCCGAGCCAACUGAACAUCAGCGGCGAGAACUCCCCUCUCUCCUUCUCUAUCUAUCUAUUUCUCUCUAUAUCUAUAUACCAUCAAACAAAUGCGUGUGCACACACAGUCUUAAGAUGUUCUGGUUUAGGUAUUUCCCCCUCUCCUGUUCAAAGCAUUUUACAUAAGCCCCUGGAUUGUGAGGACACAAAAUCUCCUCGAGAGCAUGCCAACGGAGUGCCCGACACAGAUACGCCUCAGUAACCUCAAUACUCCUCCCCUCGCCUCCGGCAGGGUGUCCGGUGAGGAGCUGGAUACUCACACAUGUUGGAAUCAAAGCUGGGCAACAUGAGCCCACGGCACUGAACUGGUUUAGAAAAAACCAGGACACGUCUUGGACUACAUGUUGGGAGGACGCCCCUAACUCUGCUUCUCACCGAUUCUCUCUGAUUUACAGCAAUACUGUCAUUGAGACUCCACCCUCUCCUCCUCUCUCCGAGGCGAGUUAAAGAAAGGCUGCUGGACUAAGAUUAACAAACAGUCAUGUUGCUGUGGGAUGGACGCUGUUGUCACGGCAGCAGCCUUACUGUUGACCCAACUGAUGCCAAGAGACAUGUGGAUAUUUGGCCUUAGAGACUGUCAGCAAAGAACAGUGAAACAUAAAUAUACAUAUAUAUAUAAAUAUA